UGCUCCGCAGCGGAAAGGUCAAAAGCGCGCCAGCGAUUGAGCAUGGCGGAGGACGCUUCCUCAACGGCCCUGAGCCCGCGGGGAUGUGCGGACGGAAAGGAUGCAGACCCCGCAGAGGAGCUGAAGGCCGAGAGGAGGAAAGACGACCAGGAACAGUUCGAGUGCCAGGAGCAGCUUGAGUGCAAGAUGCAGGUCGGGACCCUCGAGGAGGAGGAGGAGGAGGAGGAGGAGGGCUCGCCGGGGGCGGUGGCCGCGGGCUGGAUGCUGGAUUUCCUCUGCCUCUCUCUUUGCCGAGCCUUCUGCGAUGGCCGCUGUGAGGACUUCCGUAGGACCCGGGACAGCGCGGAGGCUAUUAUUCAUGGACUCUCCAGUCUAACGGCUUAUCAAUUGAGAACUAUAUAUAUAUGUCAGUUUUUGACAAGAAUUGCAGCAGGAAAAAGCCUUGAUGCACAGUUUGAAAGUGAUGAACGAAUUACACCCUUAGAAUCUGCCCUCAUGAUUUGGGCUUCAAUUGACAAGAAACAUGACAAACUUCAUGAAGAUAUACAGAAUUUAAUUAAAAUUCAGGCUAUAGCUGUUUGUAUGGAAAAUGGCAAUUUUAAGGAAGCAGAAGAAGUCUUUGAAAGGAUAUUUGAUGAACCAAAUUCUGACACGCCAUUAAAAAGGAAAUUACUGAUGAUAAUCUCUAAGAAAGAUACGUUUCAUUCCAUUUUUCAACACUUCAGCUACAGCCACAUGAUGGAGAAAAUUAAGAGUUAUGUGAAUUCUGUACUAAAUGAAAAAUCAUCAACCUUUCUAAUGAAGGCAGCAACAAAAGUUGUGGAAAGUAAAAGAACAAGAACAGCAACUACUCAAGAUAAUAGUAAUGAUACUGAAAUGGAAACCGAAGCUAAUGUGGAUAUAGGGAAAAGUGUUGGUCAAAAACAGCCUGUGGUAACUGAAUCUUCAGGGGCUACAGAAUACUUAUCGAGGUCUCACAAGAAUCUCUUGUGUAAGUUGAAAUUUGGAGACCAGCAACAAGAAGUUACUAAGACUGAGAGAAGACUGGGAACUCUUCAGAGUAAGAGAAGGAAGGAAGAAAUCAGAAGACCCACCGAAAGCGAAACAAUGCAUGCUUCAAAGAGUCAAUCGGUAGCUCCUGAAAAACAUCAAAAUAGGAAAAGACAGGUAUGGGUUUGGGAAGAGGACAACAACUUGAGAUCUGGUGUGAAAAAAUACGGAGAGGGGAACUGGUCUAAAAUACUAUUACAUUACAAAUUCAACAACCGAACAAGUGUCAUGUUAAAAGACAGAUGGAGGACUAUGAAGAAACUUCACCUCGCCUCGUCAGACAGUAAAGACUGAGUGUGUUCGUCAAGGCUUGACAAAAAGGACAGUUAAAUAUUUUGAUUACUACAUUUCAUUUGUAACUUCAUGGUCAUUCACGUAUCUUAAAGUUUUUGUUUAGAGCAUUACAGUAUUUUUCUGUGACAGUUACUGUGAGGAUUUGUACUAUAAGAGUAAAAUUAUAUGCCAUACUGUAUUCUUUAAGAAUCUUUUUAUUUUGAUGAAAUGUAAACUUUUUGAACACUGCCACAUUCAGUAACCCUGCCCUCAAAUUCUAUUUCAAUAAAAAAAAGUAAAACCUUAGAGAGAAAGAAAAUAUUUCUGUUAACCUAUUCUGUGUCUAUUGGCUAAUCACCUCGACCCAACACUAACUCACACACGAACAAUUUUAAAUAAUUUACUCCUUCAAUAGAUAAUGACUUGGUAUGUGGCCUUCAUGGACAGCAUAAUUGCAAAGAUGUUUUUAAUAGGGUGAUGAAUGUACAGAAUAAUUUAUAAGUUAACAUACUUAAGUUUUUAUUUCAGUGGUUUCAUAUAAAGUAACAAACUUGAAAAUAAUCCCAUAGGAAAAAAUUUGUAUUAUUAGCAAGAAUAGUUUUGUGUGUCAUUUAAGAAUAAUCUGACUUCUAUUCUAGUAUUAAACUUGAACAAAAAUAGUUUUGAGUGAAUCUUCUUAUAACUUUAUGACAUAAAUACCAUGUUUUCUGAUACUUUCUUUUAAUAAUCAGUAUUGAGUCUAAGUAGUAUUCUGUAAAUGCUUAAAUUGAUAUUAACCACGAUCAUCUUGACAACUGUGAUAAAAAAGACCUUACAUUCCUUACUAAACAAUUUUGGUUUUUACUACUUUAUUCUUUAGAAGAUUUAGUCAAAAACGAAUAACUUUUUAGCAUUUUUGAGUUACAUGUGCUUUAUUUAGCAAGUAAGUGAAAAUAAUGAAAUACUGAUAAAUUUGCACAAAGAAUCAAAUGUGUAGUAUUCUGUAAUCUCUAUUCUGUUUCCUACUAAAAUUGAAUGUUACUUUUCCAUUCUUCCCAAAUUUUUAAUUCUGUAUAUAUAGUAAACAAAUAUGGAUAAUUACAGU